AUGAAGCAGGGAAACAAACCUUCUAAGCCAUUAACUAUUAUCUAUCAUUUCAAAUCAUCAUUUAUACCUUCAUCCCAUUCUCUCACUGAGGACUAUUCGCUCGCAUACAGCAUGGAUAACCACGAGUCUGACUCUGUAGUGCUUAUCGAGCACCCUAUCCCGUCGGUCGUGAGAAUUAUUCUGAAUCGGCCCAAGUCCUUGAACGCCUUAAAUGCCCCUUUACUAUCAUCUUUUGUUGAAGCACUUCGAACCAAUGCCAGUGCCCGCAUAAUCAUUCUCGAGGGACGAGGCGACCGGUCAUUCUGUGCUGGCGAAGACCUCAAACAGUCUCUGGCACCAGGAACAGGCUCGGCGGAAGAGCUGAAACAGGCUUUUGACCAGUUGCAAGAUAUUACUCGUCUGACAUCAUCCUCUAAGUCCAUCGUCAUUUCUGCUGUACAGGGCUUCGCCAUCGGCGGCGGUGCCGAGAUCGCGCUAGCAGCAGACUUCGUUGUCGGUGGACCCAAAGCCAAGUUUCGCUUUCCGGAAGUCUCACUUGGCCAUGCUGUUACAGGAGGCAUCACCCUUCGUCUACCACAUCUGGUCGGGCUGUUGAAGGCCAAGGAAUUCCUCCUCACUGGCCGUUGGGUGAGUGCCGACGAAGCCCUUAAGCUCGGGCUCCUAACAGAGAUUAGCCCUGACCCUAAAGGGCGAGCACUGGAGCUUGCUGCGCAGCUCUCUGAGCUUCCAAGCGUUUCAUUGUCAUCAUCUAAAACAUCCUUAGAGAGGACACUUUUUGAUAACAUGGAAUCAUGCUUGCAGGAUGAAGUGAACGUCGCAAGUCACUGCUUUGCCCAGAAAGAUGCAGCCUUGGGUUAUGCCAACUUUGCAGCUCGGAAGGUGGCCACAGCACCACCAGGUCAUGAUACCAGCAGUGUCAAAACGGGCAUGAUAAGAGACCUUAACACGGCACUAGCCGACUCUGUUGCAAGAUUUCCGAAACGACCAUUUUUUCGCUUUGCUGGUCAAGACGUCACGUUUCAACAGUUCGACACGGCAGUGGGAGCACUUGCUGGGGGAUUAAAAAGGAUUGGUAUCACGUCAGGCGAUAGAGUUCUCGUCAUGAUGAAAAAUAGUGUGGAAAUGGCCUAUUCGUGGAUGGCUGUUAAUCGACUUGGGGCAAUUUGGGUACCAAUCAAUCCUGAGUUUAAGUCUGUCACACUCAAGGGUGUGAUCAGAUCCGCUCAGCCCAAGAUGGCCAUCGUCGAUGAAGCACUGUUGCCUGAAUUCCAACAGGCUGGCGUGGUUGACGACGGGUCUAUAUAUGUUAACAACGCAGAUGGAAGUGGUACUCAGAGUUUAUCCAAUCUGAUGAAGUCGGCUCCAUCGGUUACAGAACCAGUGAGUGUCACUCCGGCUACAACAUCGGCAUUUCUAUACACCAGCGGCACCACUGGGAAGUCGAAACCCUGUGUUUUGUCACAUGAGUACUUUCUUCUCCAGGCCAAGGCGCUGAUCGGGAGUUGCGAAUUGCGCGAUACCGAUGUACUUUACUGCCCAUUCCCCUUGUUCCAUUUGGAUGCCACAGCCUUGACCAUCAUCCCUGCCCUCUUGCUCGGCGCCGUUGCUGCAUUGUCGGUGAGAUUCAGUGCCAGUAAAUUCUGGGACGAGAUCCGAGCUACGGAGGCUACCAUAUAUAACUACAUGGGAGCUACCUUGGCAAUUACAUACAAGCAACCGCCCAACGAAAGAGACCGCGACCAUAAGGUUCGUCUUGCUUGGGGUGUACCUCUGCCAAACUUCGCGCAAGAGUAUGAGAAAAGGUUCGGCCAUCCAUUAAUCACACUGUACGGAAGCGUCGAACCCGGUAUACCUGUUUUCCAACAACUUGGGGUCCCUUCCCCUCAAGGAUCCUGUGGGCGUGCGCGGAAAGUAUACCAACUACACAUCGUCAACGACAACGGUGACGAGGCUCCAGUUAACAAUCCCGGCCACCUUCUGAUUCGUAGUAGCCAUCCCAACGCCAUGCUGAAGGAGUACUUUGGCGAUCCCACAUACACAGCUGCAGCAUUUAAAAAUCUCUGGCUACACACGGGUGAUCUAGCCAAGGUGGAUGAACAUGGCAAUGUGUACUUUCUUGGCCGAUGCAAAGAUGUCAUACGCCGACGUGGCGAGAAUGUCAACGCUAGUGAAGUCGAGGAUGAGUUCUCUUGUCAUCCAGAUGUUGUCAUUGCAGCAGCAUAUGGCGUGCCAUCACAGCUAGGCCCGGGUACAGAGGACGAUCUCAAGUUGGCUGUACAACUCCUUCCAGGAAGUGCAGUGACGGAGGAAGAGCUCUGGCAAUGGUCGGUUACACGCGUAGCUCGAUUUCAGGUGCCGAGCGUGAUAGAGAUUGUACAGAAUAUUGAAAGGACACCGACAGGAAAAGUAGAAAAAGGGGCGAUGCCUUUAGUAGGCGGGAAACGGUUUGAUAUAAGACUAUCUAGAUAA